GUUGAGCAGAGCUUCUAGUUAAAGGGGCCUUUCCUGCUCUGACUCAUCAUAAAAAACUAUUGAACAAAACAUAUAAGAGGAAACAUUAAUAAGGGGUUCUGAAGAUCGGGUUCGCAUUCGGUCAUGGCUCUUCUGUCGGUGCUCACGCCUUUCCUGGCGGUGGUGCUGUGCCUCGUGAUCGGCUUCAUGCUGGUGAGGUCACGGGAGACAGAGACCACUUCCCCGACCUCCUCUGGAGAGACUGCGGGGGCACCCAAAGCGGACUCUAGACCGUGGGUGGACCAGGACCUCCAGGACGAUACAGAAGACAAAGGAAAUGAGGACGAGGACGAUGAUCUGGUGGACAAUGAGGAGGAAGACCAUCCACAGGUGCCCUACUCCGCAUCAGGUUACCCGGAGGAGACGAUGCUGGAGAGAUCCAAGGAUUUUUACACUCUGAUGAACCAGCGGAGGACUGUCCGAUUCAUCAGUCCAGAGCUGGUCCCACGAGAAGUCAUCAACAACGCCAUCCUCACUGCAGGUACGGCCCCUAGUGGAGCCCACACAGAGCCCUGGACUUUUGUGGUGGUGUCAGACCCAGAGACAAAGCACCAGAUCAGACAGAUCGUGGAAAAAGAAGAGGAGGUCAACUACCUUCAGAGGAUGGGGGUCAAGUGGGUCGAGGAUUUGACCAAAUUUAGGACAAACUGGAUCAAGGAGUACUUGGAUGUUGCGCCGUAUCUAAUCCUCGUCUUCAAACAGAUCCACGGGAUCCUACCAAAUGGCAAGAAAUUGACACAUUACUACAAUGAAAUCAGUGUCUCCAUAUCGUGCGGCAUCCUGUUGGCUGCUUUACAGAACGUGGGUCUCGUCACCGUCACAUCGACGCCCCUAAACUGUGGCCCCCAACUGCGGCUCCUCCUCAAACGUCCGGCCAAUGAGAAGCUGUUGAUGUUACUUCCUGUCGGUUACCCUGCUUGUGACGCCACGGUGCCGCAAUUGAAACGCAAGCCUCUGUAUGAUAUUAUGGUGCACAUAUAAAAGAAUCAGUAUGUGGAGAAAAUGUUUUUUUUUUUCUUUGCCCGCAGCAAAGAAAUUAACAAAAUAUAUACCUAAUGUGAUUUGAAAUCUUAAGAAUUUAAAUAAUAAAGGAAAUUAAAAUGCAAAGUGUAUGUAUCCAAGUGUAUAUAAA